CUGAAUUAUCAGUGGUCUGGCACGGCCAGAUGAGCGAUGUGGCUUCACCAUGGCCAUGGCAAUUGGCUGUUUCAUCUCAGUGAACAGGGUUUCAUACUUGGCUGCCUUGGUGCCUUUCCCCGUGAGGUUAAUCAUCCUUGGUUUGGAUAUUUUCAGACGCAUAGCAUGUGUGGCACAGUCAAUGCAGUUCUGCCAGUGGCUGUGUCGCCAUGAUCGUGACGGUGGAUAGAGGCUGUUGGUUGCUGAAGGUGUACAGGGGAAAUGGCAUAUAAGGGCUGAGAUAUCUGUGGUCGUCGUUGUCUUCAAGUCAACAGCACAUUUCUCAGAAUUGACAUCACACCUCAGUGGCAGGUAAUCAUCACAUUAGCAAGCACAAUGUCCUAUCCCGAUCUAUCUACCAUCCUCGAAGUCUACCCUGAAUGCGAGUACACCUGCUACGGGUACGCCCCAUCCCAACGGCGCCGCUGCAGAAUGCGAACAAGGAAAGACAACCGAGACAGGGCUUCCCGGCUCCUCAAAGAGGGCACCAGAUUCCUCCAACACGACCUACCCGUCGACGGUCUGCUCAUUGAGCUAGCCCCGCUAGUUCUCUGCAAACGCUUCCACCAAUACCAGGCAGACGACCUGGUCCGCGACUGGCGGGCUAAGCUGCGGGCGUUCCAGCAGCAGACUCUUCUGGCUGCUAUAUCGAAAUCCCUCCAAGAGCUUGUGGAGAGUCGGGCGCGUUCGCUUACUGCUGGGUCGGCGGGUCAGCGUUUCUCAGAAAGAGUUUUGAGUCUCCCACGGUUGGAGAGGUCGGCUGCUAUUGUAACGGAGGAAGAAGGAGGAGAUAGGGAGGACGAACCUGAGCCUCAACCUGAACCUCAACCUGAGCCUGGACUUUCUCCCAGCCGGACAUCUACCGAGUCUUCGUCGCCAGCUGUCCCCAGUGGUGCCGCGGAGCCAACCGUCGCUCAGAGCGAGCCCAGAAGAACCACUCGCAAACCAAUUGAAGGAGACUGUGAUAUCUGCAUGUGUCCUCUACGAGAACAAGACAGUGAUGAAGACGGCGAGGGAUCAGAUGACGGCGAUGGUGAAAAUGACAAUAAUGUGUCCGACACAGCGUCCGACAAUGAACACGAUGACAACGAAGAAGACAAUAUUGACGACCUUGUAUACUGCAAAAAUCAGUGCGGUAAGAAUUACCACAAAGCCUGCAUCGACGUGUGGCUUGCUACUCAGCGUGCAUUUCGAACCCCACGCGGGGAUCCUGUCUGCCCGUCCUGCCCCAACUGUCGAGCAGUGUGGUCAUCCUGAUUUCAUCAUUCUGCGGGGAGUCUUGGUGUUUGUCUAUUUACUUUUGUGACCCCACUUCCUUCCUAAGUUAUUAUUAUAAUGAGUCAGAUAUUCCCUGUACAGUCAUGCCUG